AUGGUUCAAAAACUUUCUGCUGAUAAACUCACCUACACUUAUCCUCUGUUCAUGAAUCUAGGAGAUACACCUGGUAUGAUACUGAUCCCUUUGAAGCUCACCGGAUCGGAGAAUUACGGAAUGUGGAGCAGAUCGAUACAGAUUGCACUCAUGGCGAAGAGGAAAUUAUGGUUUGUAACUGGUACCUAUAAGCGAGAAUCCUUUGAGGCAGAGUUUCAUGAGCAAUGGGACACUUGCAACGCGACAGUCCUUUCAUGGAUCAUGAACACAAUAUCAUUUUACCUCCUCAGUGGAAUUGUAUAUGCAUCUGACUCACACGCUGUUUGGCAAGACUUACAAGAGCAAUUUGACAAAGCUUAUGCUAUGAUAGUUGAAGAUGAAAGCCAACACUCUGUUGGUUUAAGCGUAUCUGCUGAGAAAGCAGAUCCAAUGGCUAUGCAGAUGAAUCGUGGACAAACUUAUAAAGGAAAAAGCCAUUUUGUAGUGUGUGACUAUUGCAUUAUGAAGAGGCAUUCAAAGGAGAAUUGCUAUAAGCUAGUUGGAUACCCUACUGAUUUCAAGCAAAGGAAAGGACCCUAUGGAAAUGGAAAUGCUGCUUAUGGAAGUGGAAAUGCUGCAGGUUCAGCUGGUUAUAGAGGUCCAACUAGUUUUGGAGGACAAUCUGGGAAUGAUAGAAAACCAUUUGCUGCUACGAACAAUACCUCCAGCAAUAUGAAAGGUCAGAAACAAGCACAAUACAAUCUUGAAGGAGUGUUAGAAGGGAAAAUUCCUCACUUCACUGAGGAACAGUACAACCAAAUUCUCAACUUUUUGAACAAGGAUGUAAAGGACAACGCUCAGGUUAACAUGACAGAUUUUAAGUAUAAUUUACUAUCUGUGUCAAAAUUGACAAAAGAACUUAUGCGUUCAGUAGCCUUUUUCCCUCACUUUUGCAUCUUUCAAGAGCUUUAUAGUGGCAAGGUGAAGGAGAUAGGUAGAGAAAGAGGUGGUCUUUACAUCUACAAGAGGGGACAUGGUAGUGAGGAAGACACAAGACACAGAAUAAUAGCAAUAGCUUGUAAGGAGGAGUGCAGCUUGUGGCACAAGAGGCUGGGUCACCCUUCCUUGUCGAUAAUGAAAUAUAUGAAAAUUGUGCAUAGUAAUGUGGAUAGUAAUUUGAUAAAUAAGUGUCCAAUUUGUCCUUUAGCAAAACAGAUUAGAUUGCUUAAGACAAAAGUUAUAGUUAGUAGCAAGUCAUUCCUUGCUAUGGUUAAGACUCAAUUUGGAGUCAUAGUGAGACUGAAUUCUGCUGUGAUCGAAGGAAGAAGUCCCUAUGAACUUCUAUACAAGAAGAAGCCUUCCUUAACACAUCUGAGAGUCAUUGGGUGUUUGUGCUAUGCAACAAAUGUACUCAAAGGAGACAAGUUUGAAGAAAGAGCUAGAGCUGCAGUGUUGAUGGGAUAUUCAGAGACUCAGAAGAGUUAUAUACUUCUGGACCUCCACACACACCAAUUAUUUGUGAAUAGAUAUGUCAUAUUCAAGGAAAAUGAAUUUCCUUUUGCCAAGGCAUCCAUCAUAGUUCAGGCUAAAGUCCAUGGCACUCCUGCUCCUAUGGAGCAACACAUUUUGUUUGAUGAUUAUUUUUUAGGUGAGAAACAUUCAAAUAGCAAUGUUGAUCAAGGACCUAAUGUUGUGGUACAUGAUUAUGCCAUUGAAGAUGAUAAUGAUGGGCAGAGUGUUUUUAGUACAUAA